CUGUGAAGUUUCAAGCAUUUUCCUCACUCUGUCACUGCAGAAUAUUCAGUAAGCAUUUCAGCUUUCAGAAAGAUAACGAAUCCGUCUUGCUGUGAAUUCAGUUGAUUUAAACACAACACCAACACCACCAACCAGACAUAACAAUGCCUUCCUAUACUCUCCACUACUUCAACCACCGUGGCCGUGCUGAAAUCUGCCGUAUGCUUUUCGCAGCAGCUGGUGUCCAGUACAAUGACCGCAGGAUCGAAUCAUCUGAAUGGGGCAACAUGAGAAGCAAAAUGCCCUGCUCAAUGAUGCCAAUGUUAGAGUUGGACAACAAAAUACAGAUCCCCCAGAGUAUGGCUAUGGCCAGAUACUUGGCUAGAGAAUUUGGUUUCCACGGCAAAAACAACAUUGAUAUGGCCAGAGUUGAUUACAUCUCUGACAGUUUCUAUGAUAUACUGGAUGACUACCUGAGGAUAUAUCACGAUAAAGAUGGCCGAAUGAUGUUCAACAGAUCCAAGGAUAUGAAUUUUUCUCCUGAAAAGCGUACGAGAUACCAAGAAACCUGCCGCCGAAUUCUCCCUUUCUUGGAGAGAACACUGGAGAUGCGUAACGGAGGUAACCAGUUCUUUAUGGGUGACCAGAUUACCAUGGCUGAUAUGAUGUGCUUCUGUGCCCUUGAAAAUCCACUGACUGAAGACCAGAAUUUUCUCAGGAACUAUCCCAAACUUCAGGCUCUGAGAAACCGCGUCAUCAAUCACCCUAAAAUGUCUAACUACCUCCAGAAAAGAUCCCGUACAGAAUUCUAAGUCCGAAAACGAAUCAAUAGUUAAUCAAGGCAUACGGAAACAAUUAUUUUGCUUUUUGUAAUCAACUUUGAUCUGUAACAAUCUCCCACAAAUGUAUGGAUUAAAACUAUUACAAACAUUAUUGAGAAAUGAUAUUUAUAACAGCUGAUGCUGUCUGCUACAUUUUAUACUUUAGAUACCCGUAUCGUGGGUGGUCUAAAUAAAAAUAUUUGAUUAGAAUUUCAAUAAAAAUUUAACAAAAAUAUU